AUGGACGACAACCUUCCGUGGAUCGAAAAGUAUCGUCCGGCGAGCCUGAACGACGUUUCUGGACACGAGGGCGUGAUCAAGACGAUCCGCCGGUUUGUGGAGAACAAGCAGAUCCCGCACUUGCUCUUCUACGGCCCUCCCGGCACGGGCAAAACGUCGACCAUCGUCGCGGUUGCUCGCGAGAUUUACGGGCCAAACUACAAAAAUAUGGUUCUGGAGCUGAAUGCGUCGGACGAUCGUGGCAUUGAUGUCGUGCGCAAUGAAAUCAAGACGUUUGCGUCCACGCAACAGAUCUUUUCCAAGGGGUUCAAACUGGUUAUUCUCGACGAAGCGGACGCAAUGACCAAUGUUGCCCAGAACGCUCUGCGGCGGAUUAUUGAAAAGUACUCUGCUCACACGCGGUUCUGCAUUAUUGCAAACUACACGCACAAGCUGAACCCGGCUCUGAUCUCGCGCUGUACGCGGUUCCGCUUCUCGCCGCUGACUUCAGACGCGGUUCGUUCGCGUUGUCAGGACGUCAUUGCUGCUGAGAGCAUCGCAAUCACCCCCACAGCAUUGGACGCGCUCGUCACACUCGCACAUGGAGACAUGCGUCGCGCACUCAAUGUUUUGCAGGCGUGCCAUGCUCGGGUUGAGCGGGGCACCCCGAUUGACGAAAAAGAUAUCUAUGAUUGCGUGGGCAGCCCUGAUCCACGAGACGUGCAACGAAUUCUUACCUCGAUGCUCAAAGAAUCAUGGUCUACGGCCUAUGAUGUUAUCACUACGCUGAAACGAGACAAGGGACUGGCCCUGGCAGACAUCUUGCAGUGCUUGACAGACGAGGUUAUUACAUUAGAACUGGACCAAACCGUCCGCGGAAAGAUUCUGAGUGGCAUGGCCGAGAUCGAAUGGCGACUGAGCUCUGGAGGAACCGAAAAAAUCCAAACGUCGGCGCUCAUUGGCGUCAUCAACGAAGCAGUGCAUUAA